AUGAAGGAAAAGAGCCAUCCGAGGUUCGAGGUGUUCAUGAUCAAGUACCUGAUGACCAUGAUCGUGGGCAUCACCUCCAGCGUGUGGAUCUGGUCGGGGAAGACGGUGCACAGCUGGUGGUGGCGUUCUUGUGACGGAUCACAAGCUUGUCGAACCCUCAUUCUCUAUAUCUUUCCAACGCCCAUCGUCAACUCGUGUCCAGUCCACGAAAACGUCAACUAUAACGACUGGAACCAACACAUGUGCGAAAAGUCCAAGUACAUCAUACCCUGUCCGAGGGACCUCAAGUCGAAGAGCCAUCUGGAUUGCCAGGUGUUCAUGAUCAAAUUCCUGAUGAUCAUGAUCAUGAUUAUCACUUCCAGCAUGUGGAUCUGGUCGGAGAAGACGGUGCACAGCUAG